UGUCCUCCGCUCCUCCCCCUCCUCUCAGGCUGUACGUGUCUUUUCUCCCGCCGUACAGGAGGAUGGAGGUCCGGUGUCGUGCCCCCCCCGCUCUCCUACUCGUCUUCCUCUUCAAUACGGCCACUGUCACGUGUCAUGGUGCUGAAGACAAGGAGCAGCCCCGGACCGGCCGGGCUCACCAGGACGGAGAGUGUCACUUCUACGCCGGGGGGGCAGGUAUACCCUGGGGAGGCCACCCGUGUGCCCGUGUCCGACCACUCCCUGCACCUGAGCAAGGCGAAAAUUUCCAAGCCUGCUCCAUACUGGGAAGGAACAGCUGUGAUAAAUGGAGAAUUUAAAGAGUUGAAGCUCACAGAUUACAAAGGAAAAUACUUGGUCUUCUUCUUCUACCCUCUGGACUUCACAUUCGUCUGUCCAACGGAAAUAAUUGCUUUUGGUGACCGCAUAGAAGAAUUCAGAUCAAUAAAUACUGAAGUUGUAGCUUGUUCGGUGGACUCUCAAUUCACGCACUUGGCAUGGAUAAAUACACCUCGAAAGCAAGGAGGACUUGGUCCAAUGAAAAUUCCUCUGCUUUCUGACCUAACUCACCAGAUCUCAAAGGAUUAUGGUGUAUACCUGGAGGACCAAGGUCACACGCUAAGAGGGCUCUUCAUCAUAGAUGACAAAGGAGUCCUCCGACAGAUUACCAUGAAUGAUCUUCCUGUUGGGCGAUCUGUAGAUGAGACCCUUCGUCUUGUACAAGCAUUCCAGUACACAGACAAACAUGGGGAAGUUUGCCCCGCUGGUUGGAAACCUGGCAGUGAAACUGUAAGUAUACAUGUGUAUCCGUUUUGGUGUCCUUGA